ACUACCGUCGGUACAACGCCGGAGUAGAAAAAAGACCAAGACUCGCCGGUAGACCACUUUCAAACAAUAACCGUUACAAUAAUAAACUUGCCCAUUCAUCCAUGGAUUCACUUUAUCACAGUUAUCAGAUUCACCGAAAUGGAUUCAGCUCUCCUUGCAUCAUCGCCGGACCUUGAAUCACCUCCUCCGGUGUUGAUUUCAACCUCGUCUUCUUCUAAUAACGUCGAAAGAGCUGAUGGUGCUCAUCAUGGUGUCUUCAAUUGGAGAGAAUUUUUCUACUCCUCCUGUCGGAACGUUUCAGAGUCAAACGUGAUCUGCUUCCUCCUGGGUCUUUAUCUCUUGUCCUUUGCGUUGUUUAUUCUGAUUGAGACUACUUACGCACCAAAGAAUGUCUGGCUUGGACCCAAUUCGUCCAUUCUUGUCGAAUCAAGCUCCAUUUUUGUCAACAGCAUUAAGGUGACGGAGCUGGAUUAUUCUAAUCCAGGGCUUCAGCUAUAUGGAUUCUACGGGUCCCCUCCCCUGGAUUGUGUUGUAAACUGGUCAGAAUCUCGAGUGUUACCUGUCCCACAUCAUUCUAACAAGGGUUGGUCAUACUACUUUAACCAAGGGACUUUUAUGAAUAUAUCAUAUAGGGUAAAACCACAAGGUUCUGCUGUUCACCUUGUGGUCGAUGAAGGAAGUCGAGGCAUCAGUAAUUCGUUUUGGGACGCCCCUACAUACCAUAACAAAUUUUGGUGGUCGAACCUAAUUGAGGGGAGUGGUAUGGUUGAAUUGGAGAUAAGUAAGUCUUCAAGUUAUUACCUUGCUGUCGCUAACUUGAAUAAUAUGAGGGAGGUAGAGGUGGAACUGACUAUUGAUGUGAGGGCUGCCUUGUAUGAUACCAAACAAUCACUCUACAACUGUACCUUCAGCAAUGGCGAGUGCACAUUGAAACUCAAUGCACUGUCCCCUGUUGGAAAUUCGGUUGUCAUAACUUCACCAGCACCGGGUCAUCAGGGAGUAUCCAUCGAAGAUGAAUGGUAUAUCAGGUUAUCAUAUGAACCUAAUGUGAUUGGAUAUGUAAUCUUCACAGGUUUGGGGAUUAGCUUCAUGCUGGUAGCUAUACGAUUCUGCAACAGGUUACAAUGCGGUGGUGAAGUGAGACAUCUAACCGAGAAUGUUUCAAGUGAUGAUUCUUUCACAAACGAUGAUGCUGAUUUAGAAGAGUUGAUGGGAAGUAAUGGUGAAACAAGUAACCGAACCAGAUGUCUCUGUGCCAUCUGUUUUGAUACUCCAAGAGAUUGCUUUUUCCUCCCAUGUGGCCAUUGCGUCUCCUGUUAUCAAUGCGGAACAAAGAUGGCUGAAGCUGCUGGGAGCUGUCCAAUAUGUCGAAGGAAAAUGAAGAAAGUGAAGCGAAUCUAUACAGUGUAAAAUGAAUGAAUGUAGCUUUCUAACAUAAAUGUUGAAUCUAUAGAGCAUUAAUAAAAUAUUUAUCAUUUAAUAUUGGAAAAAAAAACCCAAAAACAAACCCUUUUUUUCUUCUCUAUUGACAUCUUGAUGGUGUUGCCUGCCCAGUUUCACCCUUUA